AGAAAACAAAAAUAAAUGAACGGAAAAAAAUUUAAAGAAAAAGUCGGGUGCGGUAUUUCUUGAGAAGAAAGAAAAGGCUGCGACUCUCUCGUAUUUGAAGCUCCAAAGCACAGCAUUUGCAGAGGGACACGCAGAAGAAGCAGAGGACGAAGAAGAAAAGAAAUCGGAACAAGGAUCAGACAGUAUGAGUAGCAUAGGAACGGGGUACGAUCUUUCAGUGACCACGUUUUCCCCAGAUGGCCGCGUCUUCCAGAUCGAGUACGCCGCCAAAGCUGUCGACAACAGCGGGACUGUCAUUGGCAUCAAAUGCAAAGACGGGAUUGUACUGGGUGUGGAGAAGCUAAUAACAUCGAAGAUGAUGCUACCCGGUUCCAAUAGAAGAAUUCAUUCCGUUCAUCGCCACUCCGGCAUGGCUGUGGCAGGAUUAGCGGCAGAUGGGAGGCAAAUUGUUGCCCGUGCCAAGUCUGAAGCGACUAAUUAUGAAAGUGUCUAUGGGGAACCAAUACCUGUCAAGGAACUUGCUGAUCGUGUUGCUAGUUAUGUGCAUCUGUGUACACUUUACUGGUGGCUGAGACCCUUUGGAUGUGGAGUUAUUCUUGGAGGAUAUGACAGAGAUGGACCACAGCUGUACAUGGUUGAGCCAUCUGGUGUUUCAUAUAGGUACUUUGGAGCUGCAAUUGGCAAGGGCAGGCAGGCAGCUAAAACAGAGAUCGAAAAGUUGAGGCUCUCAGAGUUGACUUGCCGUCAAGGGGUUAUUGAAGUAGCCAAAAUCAUUUAUGGAGUACAUGAUGAGGCGAAGGACAAAGAGUUUGAAUUGGAAAUGAGCUGGGUGUGUGAUGAGUCAAACCGUCAACAUCAGAAGGUUCCGGAUGAGCUUUUACAUGAAGCUAAAGCAGCGGCUAAAGCGGCACUGGAAGAAAUGGAUGCUGAUUAAUGGGAGGAGCCAUAUCCCUAUUGUUUACUCUGGUUUUAAUAUUUGCACUUCAACUUCUUCUUGGGAUCAUUCCAUAGAUCCAUUAUGGAUAGACUGCUUUUUUUUUUCUUUUUUUUUAAACCAUUUAUCUUUAUUUCUGCUACAGCGUUUUAGAUGAAAUGGUUCAUUUUUCCAAUUUAAUCGCAGGCCAAACUAUUAUUUUCUAGUAUUAAUACAACUUUACGUCCAA